AAUAUUGUCAAAUUGUCAUGGACCCUGAUUAUGACAGGAGUAACUAAAAAGUGUAAAGAAUAGUAUAGUGAUUGAAAGUAGAUUUGAAAAUAUCAGAAUAAAGUCAUUACAACAAUUAAAGUUACAGAACAAUAUGGUAAUAAGAAAUUUUGGACACUACUUACGCUCACGUUAAUUUAAAAUUUCUUUGUAAGUAGAAAUGAGACAAAAAAGUUGCAUCACAAUAUAUACAAAAAUAUUAGAUAAGGUUAAGAAAGUAUUUUUUUUUAUAUACAAAUUAAAUUUUUAAAUAUUUUGAGUGAUUAUAAUAAUUUCACAAAAUGUCAACAAUUCCCAAGUGGGAGAAAUAUAAAUAUAUUUAUAAUUUGCCAUAUAACGAACGUGUGGAGUUUUGUAAUAUUCUAAAUCAAAACGAUAAAUGGGAAGAACUUGCAGGUAGAUGGAUGCAGUAUGACAUGCUAAUAAUUCAGACUCUUAGAAAAGAAAAAAAUCCUACCGAUGAAUUGUUAAAUUUAUGGGGUAUUCACAAUCAUACAGUUUUAGAGCUAUUUGUUUUGCUCCAAAAAAUGCAGCAUUAUCGUGCCAUGGGUCUGUUGAAGCCUUUUGUUGAAGAUAAAUAUCAUUUUUUGUUAGACAAAGGAGAAGGAAAUUUACGAUUGACUAUCAAUCGUGAAAAAAAUUAUCCACCAGUAAAUGAAUUAAAAAUUGAUAUUAAAAAUUUUGAUAAAAUAACUUAUCGUACUCCAAUUGCACCAAAAGUUAUUGUAAAAGAAUAUAAUAACAAAAUAAUAAAUCAAGCUGAGCCUAUUAAUUUAUUGGAAACAGCUCCAAGCAAUUCAAAUAAUCUUUUAGCCGCUUCACCAUUAGUAGCUUCUCGAGUUUCACCAAUUCUUAAUCGCACUGGAAUUUCUCAAAAAUUAAAUGCAUUGACACUUAAAGCGGAAACGACAUUGCCCCAAAUAUCAUUUGAAGAACUUACUCGCGCAACUGACGGUUGGAAUCAGUGUAAGAUUCUUGGUAAAGGUGGCUUUGGAACAGUUUAUCGAGGAAUAUGGAAGAAUACAGAUGUUGCUGUAAAAAAAAUAGAACGUCGAGGCCCAGAAUCUGAUGAUAGUUAUAUAAUUCAACUCCAACAAUCACUUAGAGAAAUAACGAUUUUAAACUCUCGGCCACACGAAAAUAUACUGUCACUCUAUGCGUUUAGUAUUGGUGGCCAAGCACCAUGUCUUGUCUAUCAAUUUAUGAUAAAUGGUUCACUCGAAGAUUGGAUAUUAUUGAGACAGAGAUCACAACCUUUAACGUGGCUACAACGACAUGAAAUAAUUAAAGGUGUGGCUAGAGGUUUGCAAUAUUUACAUACAAUCGGGGAGAGGCCACUUAUUCAUGGUGAUAUAAAAAGUGCAAAUAUUUUGUUAGAUAAAAAUUUCGAACCAAGAAUUGGUGACUUUGGCUUAGCACGAGAAGGACCAUUAAAAGAUUUUAUGAAGGUAAGUAAAGUACAUGGAACAAGACCAUAUUUACCUGAAGAAUUUCUGAGAGGAAAAAUCUUGUCAACUAAAGUCGACACCUAUAGUUAUGGAAUUGUUUGCUUUGAAUUAGCAACAGGUUUAUCUGCUUAUGAUGACUCAAGAAUUGAAAAUAAAUUUCUUAAGGAUUUUAUUGAUAGUUGGGACGAUAAAGAUAUUUUAUUUUUAAAAGAUAAAAAACCUGGUGAUGAAAAUGAUAAAGUCUUUAGUAAUUUAAUUUUACUUGGUAAAUGGUGCUCCAAUAGAUUAGCUAAAGAUAGACCUGAAAUGGAGCUUGUUUUUAAAAAAUUGAAUAGUAUAUAGUUACAAUUAUUGGUUAUAUUAUAUUGUUUAUAAAAAAAUAUGUAAUUAAUGUAAAAAAAUAAGUUAGAAAAGAAUCUAACUAAAAAAAAAAAUUAUACUGAGUGCAAUUUAGUAUGUAGAGACCAAGAAAAUUAAAAAUCACAUGAAAAUUCUACAGCCAGAUCUAUAAAGAAAAAUUAUUUCAAAGAUGAGCUCUUCAUUCAAAGAUUGAAUGGUUGCUUUUUGCAUUUUGGUAUUUUUGAUACAUUUAACAUAGACAUUUUUUAAUAUGUUAAAAAAAAAAAAAAACAUACGGUUUUUACUCUCACAAUUUAUUAAGAAUAUUAAUAUAAAAAUAAAUAAUUAUUUUGCUAUGACAUUAUUUACAUAUUUGUAUGCAGGACAUAUAUGUUAGCCUUUUUAUAUAGAAAAUAUAAGAUUUUGUCAGAAGUACUCCCAUAAUCGACUAUGUUUAGAUAAAAGGAUUUAAUAAAUGAUUAUUAUUAUAUGAAAACAUAUUUGUCCAUAAAUAAAAUUAAAAAAUAAAAGAAAACAAAACUUUUUAUAAAUAGAGUCAAUAUUCUGGUUAAUAUAUUUAUAAACAAUUUCUGUGAUAUGAAAAUAAAAUAAAAAUAACAAUUUUUUUCGUUACAAGUUUGAAAAAUUAUAAAAUAUUUACUAUUGUACUAUAUAUCAAUAUAAUGUCAAUAAAUUUAUUAUUUUUAUAUUCUAAUAUACCAUUUUCUAUCAAUCUGUUUUUAGUUUUUAUAAUGUUAGGAUAGUAAAAAUUAGUAAGCAAGCUUUCUCCCAAGUUUCUGGCAUGAUCCCUGGUCCACGCAAUUUGUUAGCGAAUCGUUUAUCCACAUAGCCGGUAUACCUCAAGUGAAAUUGCAUUUUAUUUACACGUAUAUAUCGAGUUAUCAUUUGUUUUAUGUAUUCAAAUUUUAAAAACUGUAGUAAGGUAAAAGAUCUAGUACCCGACCAGGGAACUGGUACCCGAUUACUCUAUGGAUUAGUAUAUCUAUAUUGAGUAAAAUUUAGUAGAUGUAGAUGUACCAAUAUAUGAGAAAGCGGGUAUUAGUACCCUGAUUGGGUAUCGUGUCUUUUACCUUACAUGUAGUAAGAAUCGUGAUUCUUUUAUAAUAUUUCGCCUAUCAAAAAUGAAAAUCGUUAUGUUUAUUGGUAUAAUCAUUUUUAAAAAUACAGUUAUUAUAGAGCAGUUAACCAAUUUUAUGCUGGCACUAAUUUUUGGAUAUCUACUUGUAAUUCAAAUAGCUGCGCUCAAAUGAAUUAUUAUAACUGAGUUAUUGAAAAAUUAACAUUGGAUGCAUGAAUCAUUGAUUUAACUAUAUAUUUGUUAUGACAUUGUGAAUAGUUUUAACUUAAAUUGAAUAAAUAUAAUAAAAUAUUCUGGAAAGUUUAUUGUUUUUUUAAAAGAUUAAAAAUUGUAAUCAUAAAAUUACAAAUAAUAAAAAUCAGCUGGUCAUAAUUUGUAACUCAUAAUUUAU